AUGUUACGAUCAAGAAAGUCUGCACCUGUCCAGUCUACCAAUACCAAAGAUGAACUAGCAACUGGUGGUUUGUCAUCUGUGGAUAUUGGCUGGGUGGGACCUAUAACUUUACGCAGACGUGCUAAACCGGAAUUGGAAAAUGUACAACACAAAGAUGUAUCACUUCGAAUAUCUAUACAAGAAGUUAAAAAUCUUUCAGCUAAAGGACGAUACUUUUGUGAAAUAUGUUUGGAUCGUACAUUAUAUGCGCGUACAACUAGCAAACUGUCAGAUGGAACUGUAUUCUGGGGGGAACAAUUUGACUUAAACAAUUUGCCUAUAAUAUCCAUUAUGACAAUAAAUUUAUUCAGGCAAGCAACUUCUGUAAAAGACAAACGACAAAGGAACAAAAAUCAGAAUCAAUUUAUCGGUUAUGUUACUAUUCCAUUGAACGAUGAUUCACAACAAUGUGAGAUACAAAAAUGGUUUACAAUGCAACCUCCACAAAUUAACUCAAACUUAAAUUAUCUAGAAAAUCUACAAGUUCGUCAUCAACAACAUCAGCAACAAACAGAUACAAAUCAAACUCCGUCGAUCAAUUAUUCAACUGGAGUAUCGGGACGACUUCGUAAACAUUCUAUUCCAGCUUCAUGUUUUGGAUAUUCUAAUUCAUUUUCAAUUAUACCCAAUUCACAGUAUACUACUAAUAGUAAUAAUAAAUUAUAUGAUGAUAAUGAACUAAAGUAUAACCAUAUGGAACUGUCGAAAAAGAAAUGUUCAUGGACUGCUGGUGUCACUACUGAUAGUAAUUUUAAUAAAACUAAUAAAAUUAUUUCUAAAUCAUCAUCGUCUACAUCAACUGCAACUUCACCAAAUCUUUCACCUAAUAGUAAUUCAGUUACAAAUAAUUUUAUUUUAUCUGAAAAUUCUUUACCUCAAUUAAGAAUGAUGAUCCAUUAUCAAACAGUUGAUAUUCUACCGAUUGCUUGUUAUAAUCAAUUGAAAGAGUUCAUCAAAACAAAAUAUUUAGACUUGAUCAAAAACUUGGAACUUAAAUUAUCAGCUAAACAAAAAGAAGAAUUAACUAGCUGUUUUGUAAAUAUCUUUGAAAAACUACCAGAUUUAUCUGUAGCGGAAUUUUUAUCAGUACUACUUCGUGAAGAUUUAAGUAAUAAUGGAAAAGAAUCUAUGAUAUUUCGAGCUAACUCAGCAGGAUCAAAAGCAAUGGAAUGUUAUAUUAAAUUAGUGGGCACUGAUUAUUUACGAUAUGUUCUUGGUCCAGUAAUCGAUCAAUUACUUGUUAUUGGAGAUGAUUUUGAAAUAGAUCCUUCUAGAUUAGGAGCUUCUAAUGAUUCAUCUACUGCAUCAAACAACCGAAAUACACUAUCUGUCAUACUAGAAAGAAAUCGUACUGCCUUACUGAAAAAUGUUGCAAUGAUCUGGCAAAGAAUUGAAUCAAAUCAAUGUAAACUACCAAAAGAAUUACGUGACGUUUUCACUGCACUUACAUUAACAAUUGAAGAAACACAUGGAGUUCAAUCGGCGGCACGUUUAAUUUCAAGUUGUUUAUUUCUACGUUUUAUUUGUCCAGCUAUACAUGGUCCAGUAUUAUUUGGUUUAGCUUCAUCUAUACCAGAAAAUAAUCGUAUUUCUAGAAAUUUAACUUUAAUUGCAAAAGUUUUACAAAAUUUAGCUAAUUUAACUUUAUUCGAAGAUAAAGAAAUUCAUAUGAAAGCAUUAAAUUCUUUUAUUGAACCAGAAAUUCCAACAAUGUAUAAAUUUCUUCGAUCAAUCGCUUCAAAUACCGAUGCUAAUUAUCAUUUAUCAACUAAUUCUGAUUGUCAUGAAUUUAUUGAAUUGGGAUAUGAAUUUGCAAAACUUACUCAAUUACUUAAUCAUUAUGUUAGUAAAAUUAACAUUACACCACAAAUUGCUGAAUUACCCGAUCUAUUACAGAAUAUUUCAGAGUUAUUAAAUAACCAAACUUUUACGUCAUGGAAUCAUAAAAGUCAGACCGAUUUCGAAAGAAACACAAAUAGUAAUUCAUAUUCUUCUAGAAGUGGAAUACCAAGACAUCAUAGUCUCGCGAACAAUAAUUCUAUUUCAGUUGUCGAUAACAGAAGGCCAUCAGAAGCGACUACCACCAUAAAACCAUCAAUGACUAAAUUACAUGAAGUAAACAGAAAUCUAUCACCGGAAGCAUCUAUAAAUGUAAAAACAAUACAUAAUCAACAAGAACCUAGUAAUAAUGCUACUUCAAAUAGUUCAGCUGACAGUAAUGAAUGUAUUUCAAAUACAAAACAAGAAAAAUCGUGGGAUACAUUUAUUAUUCAAAACGAAUAUUUACCUUGUAAAUUUAAUUCUGCCGAUAUGAUAUUAAAACAUAUACAUAUAAAUGACCUUGAACAACCAGAAAAUAUGGAGGAGUUAUUAAGUCAAUAUCGUGAACAGUUACGUCAAUUAAAUGAUUGUAUUGAAAAAGUUGAACCGAACUGUUAUCAUAACCCGAAUUUAUCUCAUGCUUUAAGUCAUUCUACACAAUCUGUACAUAAAAUUAAAAAUCCUACAAAUAGAACUCCCAAUAAUAACGCCAAUAUCAAUGGAAAUAAUAAUCAUAUAAACAAUGGAAAAUUUGACAGAAAUUCAUCAAGACAAAGUACUGAUGAAAUUAGUUAUCGUCAAGCAAAACGAAAAAUAAUAAAUUCAAAAUCCGAUAAUUCAACACCUGUACCGUUAGGUCGUGUGUUGAAAAAAACGCAAUGUUCACAUCAAAACUCACACAAAACGAAUAAUAAUUCAAUAAGUAAAGAUGAUGAUGAUGAUGACGGUGAUGAUGGAGAUGAUGAUAAUUAUACCAGUGAGUGUGAUAUUGGUAAGACAUUAAUUCCUACUCAUUCUACAUCUAUAACUACUGACCGUUCAAGUACGAGCAAUAGUGAUUAUGAUUAUGACGAUUAUGACGAUAGGAUUACAGAAUGUACUACUGAAGAUACAAGUGAAUACACAAAGAAAAGAACUACAAAAAAUAACAAACCAAACAAAAUUUCCACGAGGCAAAAUCAUUUGUCUGAAUAUCCAAGUCUGGAUCAAUUAGCUGAAAAACUACAAGAAUUGAAAAAAAUGCUUCAAUUAGAACGUCAAGAAAUUGAAGAAGUAGUAGCAUCUAAAACAGAAGUAAUAAAACAACAAGAAAAAUCUAUUGAGCAAUUAGAAUCGGAACUUGAUCAAUUACGUAAAGAGCAUAGACCAUUAAAAAUGAAACCACCAAAUGGUAGACACACAAGUAAAUCAACUUCACGUACAGUCAGUCCAACUUCAUCACUUUCAUCUGAAUGUUAUUCAUCUAAUUUAUCUGAUAUAACUCAAAAUUGUCACAGUUAUAAUAAUCCUUUUUAUCAUAACGAUAUACAUAACAAUAAAAAUAAUAAUAAUAAUACUAACAAUAAUAAUCACUUUUUCGACUCAUCAAUUCCAAAUUAUCACAGUAAUAAUCAAGGUUUAAAUAAUCUUAGUCGAGGUGAAUCAGUCAUUACAGAGAAUUAUCGUACUGAAAGUUUUCAAGAAAGAUUAUUAUGGAAAGGACAAAUGAGUCGAUGUGAAAAACAAGUUAAAUGUAAUUCUAACCUACUUUAUUUAUCAAGAGCUAGUGAAGGGACAGGAAUUCCAUUAGGACAUUUAAUUGAAGCAAAUCGUUCAGUGCAUAUUGGACGUCGUGAAUCAGAAACAAAACUCUUGCCACAUUAA